AUGACAACAGUGAAAGAUCCUUCUUCUCAGAAACUCGCCGGUUGGGCUGUUAGUGGUGCUGAAGAUAAUCAAAAUUCAAAAGUUCUAUAUCUGACGGAUGGUUUGCUCAAAGAGCGUUUACUUUACGAUGAAAACGUUAUCACAAAAGAUACACAAUUAAACAGAUCAAUCGUUUUUUUCAUCGAUGAAGUGCAUGAACGUUCGGUAAAUAUUGACCAUUGUUUAGCAUUAUUAGCACGCUUAUUAACGUUGAACUCGGAUUUAAAAUCAAAAAUAAAAUUAAUUAUUUCGUCUGCUACUUUGGAUGCAUCUGUCCCAAAGCUUUUUCGUCAAAUACCGCAAAUAAGAUUUGCGAAAUUUGAAAUGCCACAAAUGGGUACACUACAUCAUGUUACCAAAUGUGCUCGUCCAAAUGCAAAUAUAUUGAAUAUUGUACAAGAGUUGUAUCAAGAACGUAAACGAUACGAUCAAAUUCUCUGUUUUGUUAGUUCAGUCAAGGAAGUUAACGAAUGCUGUAGUUUAUUGAAAAAAAUCACUGGUGGAGCCAUUACCGCUUAUCCACUUGUUCAAUCACAACAAGCAUCUGUUCAACAAGAAUAUAUUGAUACGGGAAGUGUAUUUUUUUCGACAACAGUCGCUGAAACUUCACUAACGUUUCCUCAAUUAAAGUAUGUCAUCGACACUGGUAUGAUUAAUGUGCCAGUCUAUGAUCCGAAAUCGAAGCGAACAGUAUUAAAAGCUGAACGUGCAGCAGAAUCAACAAUAAAACAACGCCUAGGGCGAUUGGGUAGAACACAGCCAGGUACAUAUAUUUCAUUGUAUGAUUUCAAAGUCGUAGAUAAGCAAUAUCCAACGCCGCAAAUAUGUCAAUCGGAUUUGAUGAAUAUCGAAUUUUCGCUGCGAAAAUCACCAUUGCGUAAAGGGUUGGAUUAUAUGAAAGAUUUCUUACCGGAUAAACCAUCGAAAGACAUUAUUGAUCAUACGGUUCAGCAGCUUCGUGAUUUACAAAAAGCUCCAAGCGAAGCACUAACAAAUCAUGGUAUAGCACUUGCGAAAUUGCCAGAUUUCGGUUCAUUGGCGAUGUCCAAAUGCGUCUUAGCUGCACUGAAAGAUUAUCAUUGUGGACGUGAUUUGAUCUCUCUUUCAUCUAUUCUAAGUGUUUUGAAUACAACUGUAGUGUUGAAAAGUAUACCGCAAGAUUUCAAAAGUCCAGAUGGUGAUUUUAUGACAUUAUUAAAUGUAAUGGAUCAAAUAUUGCUUGUUAAGCAAUCUGUACCAACGAAAGAUUUUCGUUUGGAAGCCGUUUGUCAAGCGAAAGGUUUGACCGGUAUCCAACAUAUCUUAAAACAAGCAUUGAGACGUCAAACAAAUUUAGAAAAAUCAUUUAAUUUAUCCGUGGAUUAUCGUACAAAAGCACAAAUUAAAUCAAACAAUUGGGAAUUGAUUGCUAAAUCAUUAUUAACUGGAUAUUCGGGCAAUGUAUUUGCAUCAAUGAAGGAGCUACAAGAUAGAUCUCAUCUUUAUGUGCGAUACAAUAAUUCAGCAGACAAUGAUAUUGCCGAAUUGGAUUCACAGUCCGUUCUAGCUCGAACAACAAACAAAGAUCCUCCGUCCUUGGUUUUAGUUCGAGAUAUUCGAUAUUCGACAUCAGUUCGUUCAAAAGCUUUACUUUCAUUUGUUGGUGAGAUUAAACCUGAAUGGGUCGAGUAUGGAAUUACGCGUCAAUUAAAACUAACUACUGAAGAAGAAACACGGUUAAACAGUAACAAUAUAUUUAAAAAUGCUCUAGCGAAAUUCUCCCAUCGAAUUAAUAUGCUUUUGAAUAAUACAGCCAAGGCUGCUGUCCUAUCGGGUCCAGCAGGCACUGUUUUCACCUCUGAGUUACAUCUUCGACAAAACAUGGUAGAAGAAUUUCAAUUUCAAUUGGAAAAUAAAAAUCCACCCAAUACAGCGAAUCAUACGAAUCUAGCCCGAAAUUUGGAAAGUGUGAUGAAAAUGCCGCAGAUAUUUAGACCAAUGCAAUGGCGUUGGCAAAAUCAAAAACAAGUAACGAUAACAGUUAACUGUAAUACAUCAACGAGUACUUGUGAUAUAACAGUGAACGGAAGAAAUUCAGAAUAUCAAAAUGUGAAAAAAGAAUUCGAUUCGUUUUUAAAAUGGUUACAAGAUUGUGCUGUCAUUCGACAUCCGAAUUCAGGUAAGCAAACGAUUUUUAAAAAACCAGAGAAAUAA